GUCCGCAAGGUGACCUUUGCGAGACGAACACACUCAGUGCGACCGGUGUCAAGCUCCCAAUUGCUCUAGCGUUUAGACAAUUAUAAUGGCAACUCCCCAAUCAGACAUCGAAAGGCGAAAACAAAUAAGUGUGAGAGGUAUAGCGGAAAUUGACGAUGUCAACGAAGUUAAAAAAACGUUUAACCGCCAUGUCCAUUACACGCUGGUGAAGGAUAGAAAUGUUGCCACCACAAGAGACUAUUAUUUCGCCCUUGCCCAUACGGUUAGGGACCAUUUGGUCUCGAGGUGGAUUAGGACCCAGCAGUACUAUUACGAGAUGGAUCCUAAGAGAAUAUAUUAUUUAUCGUUGGAAUUUUACAUGGGAAGAAGCCUUUCAAAUACAAUGAUAAAUUUGGGAAUACAAUCGUCUUGCGACGAAGCAUUAUACCAACUUGGUUUAGAUAUUGAAGAGUUGGAAGAAAUGGAGGAAGAUGCCGGUCUGGGCAAUGGCGGCUUGGGUCGACUGGCAGCUUGCUUUUUAGAUUCAAUGGCUACUCUAGGAAUGGCGGCUUAUGGCUACGGUAUCCGAUACGAAUACGGUAUUUUCGCCCAAAAAAUUGUAAACGGAGAGCAACAGGAAGAACCUGACGAUUGGUUGAGGUUUGGCAAUCCUUGGGAGAAGGCUAGGCCAGAGUACAUGCUUCCAGUUAAUUUCUAUGGUAAUGUUAUAGACACCCCGGAAGGUAAAAAGUGGGUAAACACGCAGGUGAUCUUCGCGCUUCCUUACGAUAACCCUAUACCGGGUUACAAGAACAACGUGGUAAACACCUUGAGACUUUGGUCUGCCAAAUCUCCAGUCGACUUUAAUUUGAAGUUUUUCAAUGACGGCGACUAUAUUCAAGCUGUGAUCGAUCGCAAUCUCGCCGAAAAUAUUUCGAGGGUGUUGUACCCCAACGAUAAUUUCUUCGAAGGCAAAGAGCUUCGUUUGAAGCAAGAGUACUUUAUGGUUGCCGCUACUCUUCAGGAUAUUAUCCGAAGGUUUAAGGCUGCCAAAUUCGGUGUAACGCACAACACCAGGAACGAUUUUGAUCUUUUGCCGGAAAAAGUCGCUAUUCAGCUAAAUGACACGCAUCCAUCUUUGGCCAUUCCCGAACUAAUGAGACUGUUGAUAGAUGUGGAAGGUCUCCCCUGGGAGAAAGCGUGGGACAUCACUGUGAGAACAUGCGCUUACACCAACCACACCGUUUUGCCCGAGGCUUUGGAAAGAUGGCCCGUGACUAUGUUGGAGAGCAUCUUACCGAGACAUCUGCAAAUUAUCUACCAAAUCAACUUCCUUCACUUGCAAGAAGUGGAGAGACGGUGGCCCGGCGACUGGGAUAAAAUGCGGAAGAUGUCGUUGAUUGAAGAAGACGGCGAAAAGCGGGUCAACAUGGCGAAUUUGUCGAUAGUGGGAUCGCAUGCUGUUAACGGGGUUGCCAGGAUCCACUCGGAAAUUAUAAAGGAAGAUUUGUUCAAAGAGUUUUACGAGUUGAGUCCGGAAAAAUUCCAAAACAAAACAAACGGCAUAACCCCGAGACGGUGGCUGUUGCUUUGUAACCCAGGCCUUAGCGAUCUUAUCAGCGACAAGAUAGGCGAGGAUUGGAUCGUGCACUUGGAACAGCUUCAGAAACUGAAGCCGUUUGCGAAAGACCCGAAUUUCCAGAGGGGCGUGAUGAAAGUGAAACAGGAAAACAAAUUGAAGCUGGCGCAGCUGCUAGAAAAGGAGUACGGUGUCAAGGUGAACCCGGCGUCGAUGUUUGACAUCCACGUGAAACGAAUCCACGAGUACAAGCGCCAAUUACUGAACUGCUUGCACAUCAUUACCCUAUAUAACCGGAUCAAAAAGAAUCCGUCUGCAAAAUUCGUUCCGAGGACCGUUAUGAUCGGCGGUAAAGCUGCUCCGGGCUACUACACCGCGAAGAAGAUAAUCAAGCUGAUUAACUAUGUGGCUAACGUUGUCAACAACGAUCCGAUAGUUGGAGACAAACUCAAAGUUAUCUACCUGGAAAACUAUAGGGUUACCUUGGCGGAAAAGAUUAUGCCUGCGGCAGAUCUGAGCGAACAAAUUUCCACUGCCGGCACAGAGGCGUCCGGUACGGGAAAUAUGAAGUUCCAGUUGAACGGAGCUCUAACUAUCGGGACAUUGGACGGUGCAAACGUUGAGAUGGCCGAGGAGAUGGGUUCAGAAAAUAUUUUCAUUUUCGGCAUGACCGUCGAACAAGUGGAGGAGUUGAAAAGGAAGGGAUAUAACGCUUACGAUUAUUAUAACAGCAUCCCGGAGCUGAAACAGGUAGUCGAUCAGAUCCAGAACGGGUUCUUCAGCCCGGGGAACCCUGACGAAUUCAAAGAUCUGGCUGACAUUUUGCUGAAGUAUGACCGGUUCUUCUUGCUGGCUGACUACGAGUCGUACAUUAAGAAGCAAGAAGAAGUGAGCGCCACCUAUCAGAAUCAGUCGAAGUGGUUGGAAAUGGCCAUACUGAACAUCGCUACCUCUGGUAAGUUUUCCAGCGACCGCACCAUCGUCGAGUACGGUAAAGACAUUUGGGGCGUGAAACCGAACUACCAUAAGUUACCCGAUCCUUCGGUUCCCAGGGAACUGGCACUGAAAGAUAAUUAGGGCAAUUGUCGAUUUUUCGAAACUUUUUCACGAAAGUGUAAACUUUAAUUUAAUAAUAUCCUUUAAAAGGAAAGUUGCCGUGAAUUUUGUCACAUCGAUUUUCUUGUAGAAACAAUAACAAGUGUUAUGUAGCCAUAUAUUUUAUUCUCGUUGUUGUCAGAGAAAUAAAACGUAUCGAUUUUGCCUUUUGUAAUUCGUAUUUCUGAAUAAUAUACUCCACAUUUAAUGUACGAAAAAAAGAAAUAAACGUUAAUUCUU